AUGUCUAACACGAAUAGUAUCGAAUAUUUGGAAAAUGGUUCGCCGGAAAGUUUUCAAGAAAGGAGGUAUACACUUUAUGAGCUGAAAAUGACGUAUGACAAAUGGGAAAGUUUAAAAUUAUUGACUUGUAGACGGUCGAUUAUUUGUGCUUUUUUUUGGACAUUGUCACUUGCAUUUGGUAUUUUUCUUCUCAUUUUGGAGAAAAAUACUAUGCACAUUAAUAGCAUUAUUCCAGCUUCCUUGCUCGGAAUAGGAAGCGUAGGAACUCUAAUUAAUAAUUUUCUAUCUUUUAUAAAACUUUUUCCCAUGAAGAAACCGGACAAAGAAAGUAUUGAUGACAAAAUUAUUAAAAGUUCAGAACAAAUAUUUAAGGUAAACCGAUAUGAGACAGAAUUAAUUCAAGAACAUUUAAAUACGAUAAAGGUUUUAAGUGAACUAAAAGUAUGUGAAUAUAUUAAAAAUCUUGAUAAGGUGAAGCUAAUUCAAGAACAACAACCUUAUGGCUUAGCUUUAAAGUUCUUUGAAGAACUUAUUAAUAAUUUACGCUUGACAAGUUUGAUAUCAAUAUCCCAAAGUUCACAAGGUGGAUUAAAAAAAAUUUCUCCAAAUAAAACAGAAAUGAAAUGUAUUUCUCGACUUCUGUCUGGUUUGUCAAUUAAGGUCAUAGAAGAUCAAACACUAGUAAAUGUAAGAGAUAGUGGG